AUGCGCUCGGUUGACUUUACGGACAACUACGUCCCCAUGUUUCAGGGCAAGAUUAGGUUUACUGUAAGGAAGGUUGUGCUGAACCAUCCGCUGCAGAUUGUGGCCGUUGAAGAUAUCAAAUGCUUUGUCGUGUGUGCGCUGAUGAAGUCUGAGGAGUGGAGAAGCAACGUGGUGUCGAUUGUGGGGGAUAAGCUAAGGUUCGGGCAAGCUAAUGGAGCCUCUGGGGCGAAUACUGAGGAACUUAGAGAAAUGAGUUCUGCACUUAUUGGUUUUGGAACUUACGUCAAGAGGUCUAGUGGAUUCUUAGGAACGAAGGGAGGGCGAAUACACGUGCCAAAAACCUUCCUUCUGACUGCAUUACUCAGAGUGCAUGCCUUGCGCCUCACUACCGUCUUCACCUAA